CUGGGUGGGUGUUUGGCUAUAUAAGCUAGCACUUUUGAAUGUGGGACUCAAUAGAAGCCCUGAGCCGGAACGAAACGGAUCGGAGCGGACUGCAAAAUGCUGAAACAAAUUGCGCUGCUGCUGCUGCUGAUCGGUGUGGCCUUGGCCGCCGAUAGCUACGAUGGAUACAAGGUCUACGACAUCAAAUCGCGAAAUGCCUUCGAAAAGCAGGUGCUAUUGCGCCUGUCCAGCAACGAGGAGUACGACUUCUUCGACUUGCCACGCUCUUUGGACGCCCCUAGCCGGGUGAUGAUCCAACCGAAGGAUCAGGAGGGAUUCGAGAUUCUCCUUGAGAAGUACAACCUGGAGUACACUGUGGUCACUGAGGAUUUGGGCGUGUCACUGCGUCAGGAGGAGGUGGAGAACCAGAGCCAGCGAUUGAUGAACCUGAGGUCAGCCGAACGGAGCAUCAGCUUCACGGCCUUCCACCGAUUCGACGAGAUCAACGCCUAUCUGGAUGAACUGGCCGCCGCCUAUCCCAGCCGUGUGACCGUCCAGGUGGUUGGCAAGUCCUACGAGAACCGCAACAUCAAGACUAUCACUAUCACCAAUGGAGAUAAACGCACUGGCAAGAAAGUGAUCUUCCUGGACGCCGGCAUCCACGCCCGCGAAUGGAUCGCCCAUGCUGGAGCUCUAUAUGUCAUCCACCAGCUGGUGGAGAACUUUGCCGCCAACUCGGAUCUGCUCAAGGACUAUGACUGGGUCAUCCUGCCAGUGGUCAAUCCCGAUGGCUAUGAGUACACCCACACGAGAACCAGGAUGUGGCGCAAGACCCGCAAGCCGGUGACCAGCUCCUGCUACGGAACCGAUGCCAACCGAAACUUUGACUAUCAUUGGGGAGAGGUGGGUGCCUCCAGUUCGUCCUGCUCGGACACCUUCAAGGGCGAGACUGCCUUCUCUGAGCCGGAGACCCAAACGCUCAGGGAUGUUCUCCUAGGCAUUAAGAAUGGCGUAUUCUAUCUGACCCUCCACUCCUACGGAAACUAUCUGCUCUACCCCUAUGGAUGGACCUCAUCUCUUCCCAGCACCUGGAAGAACAUCGACGAGGUGGCCCAAGCUGGAGCCGCUGCCAUCAAGAGCGCCACCGGCACCAAGUACACCGUGGGCAGCUCCACGAACGUCCUCUAUGCCGCCGCCGGAGGUAGCGAUGACUACGCCUUCGCAGUGGCCAACUUCCCCAUCUCCAUCACUAUGGAACUGCCAGCUGGAGGCUCUGGCUUCAAUCCAAGUACCUCACAGAUCUCUUCCAUGGUUUCUGAAACCUGGGUGGGCAUCAAGGCUAUGGCCCAGAAAGUCGUAGAGAACUACUGAUCGCGAGCAAUAAAGCCGAGGGAUAUUUUAUAA